UUUCACCUCUGUGGAAAAGCCUGCUUGCUUUCUCCUUGUGAUAAUAAACAUAUAAGGUAUCUACUUCACUCUCUAUAUAUAGGAAUUCGAGGCUAUCAUUUUGUACCCACAGAAAGUUUCCAUUGCAGUUUUUCCUUCCACUUACUUCCACGGAAAAAUUUGGAGAGAAUAAAUAUUUUAUAUAUAAACACACACACACACACACAACAUAACCACCUCCGUCCAUGGCUGUAGGUUUUUGGUUUGUUCUUUUAGUUGGUCUGGUUGGGCUUGUCUUGGGUCUCAUCUUGAACCACUUUCUGCCCUUGUUCUUCAAGCUUGGGCAUGUCCCUAAAGGGACUUUUGGGUGGCCUCUACUGGGUGAAACCCUUUGUUUUUUGAAGCCUCACCCCUCUAAUUCUCUUGGUGCAUUUCUUCAAGACCGUUGUUCUAGGUUUGGCAAAGUGUUCAAAUCCCACUUGUUCUUCUCUCCAACUGUGGUAUCUUGUGACCAGGAGCUCAACUACUUCAUACUUCAGAAUGAAGACAAGUUGUUCCAGUGCAGUUAUCCAAAGCCCAUCCAUGGUAUUCUCGGGAAGAUUUCCAUGCUGGUGGCGGUAGGCGACACCCACAAGAGGCUCAGAAACGUGGCUCUCUCACUGGUCACCACUACAAAAACAAAGCCUGAGUUUCUCAACGAGGUGGAAAGGGCAGCUAUUCGGGUUCUUGAUUCCUGGAAAGAUAAACCACAAGUCAUCUUCUGUGAAGAGGCUAGAAAGUUCACAUUCAAUGUAAUAGUAAAGCAGGUCUUAGGCUUGACACCAGAUGAUCCACAGACUGCUAAAAUUCUUCAAGAUUUCCUCACUUUUAUGAGAGGACUCAUAUCUUUCCCACUCUAUAUUCCCGGAACUCCAUACGCAAGAGCUGUUCAGGCUAGAAUUAGGAUAUCUUCUACUGUCAAAGCAAUUAUAGAGGAAAGAAGAAGAGAUGCUGAGAAUUCUAGCAAAAGGGAUGAUUUCCUUGAGAUCCUUUUAUGCGUUGAUACCUUAUCAGAAGAUGAAAAAGUGAGCUUCGUUUUGGAUUCUCUACUGGGUGGCUAUGAAACUACCUCUCUCUUAAUGGCCUUGGCUGUGCAUUUUCUGGGUAAAUCACCCACUGCACUGGAACAGUUAAAGCUGGAGCAUCAGAAGAUAAGAAGCAUGAAGCAGAAAGAUGACUAUUUGAACUGGGAUGAUUAUAAGCGAAUGGAUUUUACUAAAAAUGUCAUUCAUGAAGCUCUCAGAUGUGGCAAUGUUGUGAAGUUUGUGCACAGAAAAGCUCUCAAAGAUAUCAAAUUUAGAGAUUAUCUAAUUCCAUCUGGUUGGAAGGUCCUACCAGUUUUCAGUGCAGUUCAUUUGGACCCAUCUCUCCAUGCAAGUGCUCUCCAGUUCCAUCCAUGGAGAUGGGAGGGCCGAGAUCAAACAUGCAAGAAAUUUACUCCCUUUGGUGGAGGGUCAAGAUGCUGCCCCGGAUCUGAGCUUGCUAAGAUACAGGUUGCCUUCUUCCUCCACCACCUUGUACAGAAUUUCAGAUGGAAUACCAAGGAUGGUGAUCAACCCUUUGCAUAUCCAUAUGUUGAAUUCCAGAGAGGAUUGACACUAAAUUUGGAUCACUGUUCCACCUGAUCAAUUUCCAAUUUUGCAGACGGUUUCUUUAGGUUUUGUUUUAGGCGGAAGCAAUGAUCCAUGAUUUGGUGAAGGCUGAGAGAUGAACUACUAGCUAGCAUACUAAUCUCAUCAUGCUUCUGAAUCAUAUGGGGUUUUCAUGGGAGGCCUUCCUUUGUUUAAAAACUUCUAAAAGGGUUUUAAGCUAUGUAAUAUUAAUUUUCUUUUCCUCCUGUGUCGACCCAUACAUAAUAAUCAGUCUCUCAUUGAAGGCUAGCUUUAAGCUUCUAUAUAUAUAUACAUACUCCUAUAUUUUAUCAGCA